AUGCUCAUGAUUGGCGUGAAUGUACCGGAGGUAUUCUGGGUAAAAGAUGAAAGGCGUGGUACUACAAAUGAACCAGUUGCAAAGAGAAGUAUUCUUGGUUGGUCACUGAUUGGGCCUGCCUUUAAUAAAGCUUCUCGGAAUGAAAGUUUUCAUGUACAAGUAAAUCUUGCUGAAGUGAAAAGAGAAGAUCUUCAACGACAAAUUAGAGAGAUGUGGGAAACAGAUUUCAAAGAUAUAUCAUUGACUUCCACACCAACAUUGUCAAGAGAAGAUAAGUAUGCAUUACAACUGAUGGAAGAUAAUAUAAAGAUGGUGGAUGGACAUUACCAAUCUCCGUUACCAUGGAAACCAGGAUGUCCUGAAUUUCCUAAUAAUCGUGAUGCAGUUAUGAGAAGAACCAACAAUUUGGGAAAACGCUUGUUGAGGAAUGAUGUUUUAAGGGACAAAUAUUGCAGUACCAUGGCUGAAUUUAUAAAGAAAGGAUGGGCAAGGAAAAUUCCUGCUGCUGAAUUUGAAGCACCCAUUGGUAAAGCGUGGUAUCUUCCUCAUCAACCCGUUACAUCAGAACAGAAACCUGGUAAAGUACGCCUGGUAUUUGAUGCAGGUGCAAGAUAUUUGAACACAUCACUGAAUGAUCAAUUACUGCAAGGUCCAGAUAUGGCAAAUGGAUUGUUAUCUGUUUUGCUACGUUUCAGAAUGUACAAAUAUGGUAUAACUGCAGAUAUAGAAGCUAUGUUCUUACAAGCUCGUGUAACGCCUAGGGAUGUUGAUGCAUUGAGAUUCCUAUUUUGGCCUGAUGGAGAUUUGACAAAAACUCCUGUCGAUCAUCAGAUGUUAGUGCAUUGUUUUGGAAAUACAUCAAGUCCAUUUUGUGCAAAUUACUGUUUAAGGAGAACAGCAGAAGAUUUUGGAAAAGACUUUCCAUCAGACAUAAGUGACAAUAUCAAAGAUAAUUCAUAUAUAGAUGACUUCCUACUUGGAGCAGAUAGUAUAUCUGAAGGGAAGAGAAUUGUCAAGCAAAUCUCAGAACUUACUGAAUGUGGAGGUUUUCAUUUAAACAAAUGGAGAAGUAAUUCUGAAGAAAUUAUUUCUUGUGUUCCAGAAAAGGAUAGAGCACAAAUUCAAGCAAACAUAAAUUUAGACCCAAAUCGUUUUGAACGAGUUUUGGGAGUCGUGUGGUUCGUGAGAGAAGAUUGCUUUGAAUUUAAUACAAAGCUGAAGACAAAACCUGCUACGAAAAGAGGAGUUCUAGCAAUUCUUAGUUCCGUAUUUGAUCCCAUGGGUAUUGUAUCACCUGUGAUAUUGCAAGCAAGACUUAUAUUCCAAGAGUUAUGUCGUCAACAAUUGGGAUGGGAUGAAACUAUCAGAGAAAAUGAACAAAUAGCAUGGGAAAGCUUGACUAAAGCAACUCCAGACUUAUCAGAAGUCAAAUUACCAAGAUACAUUAAACUGAAUUCAUUUGGGGUUAUUGUUUCACAAGAUUUGCAUCAUGUUGGCGAUGCAUCACAAGUUGCCUAUGGAACAGUUUCAUAUCUGAGGUUAUCAGAUGAAAACUGUCAAAUACACUGUUCAUUUUUACUUGGAAAAUCAAGAUUGUGUCCUAUCAAGACAAUAUGUUCACUUCCACGGCUGGAAAUUACAGCUGCUGCGCUUUGUGUGCGAGUGGAUAUGUUUUUAAGACGUCAAUUAAAAUUUGAGAAGAAUGUCAAGUCUAUAUUCUGGAGUGAUAGCACAGCUACUAUCCAAUCAAUUUACAAUUCGUCGAAAAGAUUUCCUACUUUCAUAGCUAACCGAUUAGCAAAAAUUGAAGAAGGUUCAGAGCCACAUCAAUGGCGUUAUGUUCCAAGUGAAUUGAACCCAGCGGAUUAUGCAUCCCGUGGAAUGACAGCAAAGAAAUUGAUUGCAAAGAAAUCAUGGUUACAAGGACCAGAAUUUCUCUACCAGAAUGAAGAGAACUGGCCACAAAUGCCAGUUAAAUGA